AUGUCUUCGCAGUCGGUCGCCGUAUCGGCACCUGGCAAGGUCCUCUUUGCAGGGGGUUUUCUAGUGCUCGACAAGAAACACACGGGCCUGGUGUUCGGUCUCGACGCUCGGAUCCACGUUCACAUCGAGACGUGGCUUCAACCUCACCACACAGUGGAAGGUGGCGCACUUAUCCAGGUGCAGUCUCCACAGUUCAGCGAAGCGAAAUGGCUCUAUGCCGUCUCAAAGGUAGCCGGUGAACGUGUUGCUGUCGAUGUUUCUCAAGUGCAGCACCAAGCUGGUUUCACUGCUGGAUUGAACAAAUUCGUGGAGACUACGCUUCGAUAUGUGUUGACCUAUCUGUCACACAUCACCAAGGAUAUCUACCAGAGCCUCAAGGUCACCAUUCUAGCAGAUGAUGAUUACUACUCUCAGUCUGCAGGGUCGUCGCAACCGCAAGAUGCAAGGACUGAUUUUACGGAUUUCGGAGUCAAAUUGACAGAGGCGCACAAGACUGGGCUGGGCUCUUCAGCGGCCUUGGUUACGGCGCUGGUGGGAGCGUUGCUUGUGUUUUACGGAUUUGAUCGUCAAGGCGAUGGUGAAGAAGCCACCCAUCUCAGCCGUACCCAUAACCUGGCACAAGCGGCGCAUUGUGCCGCUCAAGGCAAGGUCGGUUCAGGGUUUGAUGUUGCUGCCGCCGUUUUCGGUUCCUGUCUAUACCAACGCUUCAGUCCUGCGAUCCUGGAAACGGUGGGGGAGCCAGCAAGCGCCGGGUUCGCAGAACGGCUCCACAUCUGUGUGGAUGAUCUUGGUUUGGAGAAUGUCUGGGACCAAGAAGUAGCGCGCCAGGCGGUACAAGUUCCCAGUAGCUUGCUACUGGUGAUGUGCGACGUGGACUGCGGCUCAGAGACUCCCGGAAUGGUUCGCAAAGUACUUCAAUGGAGAAAAGAGCAAGCUGAAGCAUCGUCCUUGCUGUGGAAUGCCUUGCAACAAGGUCAGGAUGACCUCUGCCGAGAACUACGACGGCUUGCGGAGAAUGAAGGGAUGGCAUUCGACGGCUACCACGAACUGGCAGAUAUCAUCUCCACGAUCCGCAGCCUGGUUCGAGAAAUGUCUACUGCGUCUGCAGUGCCCAUCGAGCCUCCAGUCAUUACAGAAUUGCUGGAUUUCUGCACCGCUUUGCCCGGGGUGGUGGGCGGUGUCGCGCCCGGCGCUGGAGGGUACGAUGCAUUGGCUUUGCUGGUGAAGAACGAUGUAGAGGUGGUUCGAGAGCUGCAAUCCAGCCUAGAUGGAUGGAAGAGUCAGGAUGCCAGUGGAGCUACGAUUGGCAAGGUCCGACUUCUUGGGGUUAAGCAGGAGAAGCAAGGGGUCAGAACAGAAGGUAUCGGUAGGUAUAGUGGUUGGGUCUGA